CAUCGACCUCUGGGCUUAAUCACACACAUCGGCAGAGUCGAGUGUCGUAUUUGCGUGUUAAGAUAAAAUCGUUAAUAGUACAUUUUUUCCUUUUCAGUUGAUUCGCGCGAUUCGGUUGAGUGAUACGUCUCCAAGUCGGAGCCUCGUUUUGAACAGGAAAGUGCUUUAAACUGCGAGAGAAGGAAUCGCAACUGUAUGAGGAGCCACCAUUUUUGUUUUGUUUCGUGAUCAGGGAACAGACGGAACUCGUUUUGAUAUACAGACAGAGGCAGCAAAAAUAGCCAGCAGCGUGUGAAUGACUUUAGACGCAUACCUAGACGCCAACGUGGAAGUUGAUUAUUAACGAGAUACUCUGCGCGGUUGUCGGACAGUGCUAAGCGUGAGGCGUUCGAAUUUAAAAUUUAGUGAUUAGUGAAUAUAGAGGAUAGACGAAUCGAAUACUGAGCGCUACUUCGGUUAUCGAAACGCUAACAAACGGAACGGAAACAAACAAGUGUUUUCCAUUGAAGACGCAUAUUGUCUGAGAAGAGAAGACGACGAUUAUUUGCUAAAGUGAAAAGUAUAAACGCAAACAGAAGAACGAGAGCAGUAAAUUAGAGCUGUAUCAAGUGAUGAUAUGAAUAAAAUUACAAUCUGACAAGCUAAAGUUACGCGAGUGUCCAGGCCAAGACAUACCAUGCUGCCGUCGCUCUAUUGGGUUCAAUAAAUCUUAAUUUAAAGUAAAAUAAGUUGAUUGCUAUGUCUGCUGCUGUGCCGUGAAUAGGCCCCGCAUAACAUCAAAUUAAACAAGUCAGCAAGUGGUGUAGAAGUGAGCUACUGUUCCCGUUUGAGUGAGAACCACAUUUCGUUUUGUGUUCUGGAAGAGAUAACACGCCAAAAAUGCUUUGUGCGCUGGAAUAUUGCGCGAAGCUAUGCUUCAGCAUUUAGUAGGGAAGAAAUACUAGCUGCCUUCAGCUAUUAUUAUGGAUUGUAUCAGAUUGUUUGAAUAUUAUAUCAACGAUUAGGCGUUGGGACUUACCACAGGAGGAGAUAAUCGUCUACCGCGCGCGCGCGUGUGUUCGGUUGUACCGUUUCUCGACGCCACUACCAUUACCAAUAGCGAGGCGAUAUCAAAAAUUUUUCCAUUGGAAUCACUCGCCAUUCGUGCUUGUGGACGGAAUGAAGCAAGUGAACAUACUAGCGGUUGUGCUAAUCUGUAUUAAUUGAUCGCUAAAAAGCUAAGUGUUUACCAACAGUGCGAAAAGUGGAACCCAGACAAGGGAGGAAAAAAAAAGUUUCGUUGAAGAAGUUCUCGAGAAUCAAGCCGAAGAAGGCUCUGCCGAAGAUACUAGCGAACAUUAGCAAAGUGGAGCUGCUACUGAACAAAGUGCGCGAACAGUUGUCUUUGAAAUUCUGCGCCAUUAGUGUGCCAUAUGGAGUCGGAAUAUAAGUGCCCGGAGUUCGUCAUUUUUAUGGUUAACAAAAUGCUGGUUGAAAUUGACAAUUCUUUACUUCAAAACCAUCGACAGCGUGAGACUACAGGAAUCAAAAAGCUGUAUAACUCGUUUUUCGUACUAUUUUAA